UGUCCAUCACAGAUACUUAUAUAAUCAGGGUCUUGCGUUAUGGCUGUUCAUCCAGACGACAGCAGUUUCAUGAUAAGCAUUACAGAAGGUUACGAGUUAGACAGCAAAGGGAGGCUGCAAUCUCCUAAGACUCCUGCGAUCAAUGGAGGACAUUCAAUAUUGUCACAGACAAAUUGGCCUACCUUUAAGGAAUUCUUUGACCCCCAAGGGGCCUUCAUUGGAAUGUGGUACAAGAUAUUCGUGAUUUCAUGUCUGAUUUCAGUAACCACAGACCCUUUGUUCUUCUAUAUCCCCUACAUCAACAAAGACAAAAAGUGCAUUAGUAGAGACAAGAGUGCGGGCACUGCAUCUCUAGUCCUCCGAUCACUCACCGAUAUGACUUUCAUAACGCAUAUCCUACAUGAAAUUCGUGUUUGUAGUAACAUAGUGGUGUCUGAGAUAUCAAAAAGAGGGAAGCCAGGUUGGGUAUGGGAAAAGGCAGAGUUGCUUGACUUUGCCAAGGCAAUAUCUCAGAAGAUAUCCUGGUUAUCUAUCUCCAUCAUAAUAGACUUCAUAGCAGUUCUUCCCAUCCCACAAGUGGCAAUGUUUGUUUUCUUUCUGAAAAUGGAUGGCAUUGAGCACAAAAGGAAGAUUUUGAACGUGUUCCUUCUCUUCCAAUAUAUUCCAAAGAUCUGUAGAAUCUACCUUUCGUGUAAAGAACUCAAACAAACCGGAAUAUGGGCUAGAGCUGCUUUCAAUUUUUUCCUCUACAUCCUCGCCAGUCAUGUACUUGGAGCCUUUUGGUAUUUCCUUUCUGUUCAGCGAGAGGAAUCAUGCUGGCACAAGGCUUGUAAAGACCAUCCUGAUACUAUAGGAUGUGCAUUACCUUACCACAUCUGUGAUGACGGACCUAAAAUUCCAGCAUAUGUCACUUUCCUUGACGAAAAAUGCCCGUCUGUGAGUUCAUCAAAUACAACAGAAUUUAACUUCGGAAUCUUCCUCAACGCCCUCGAAUCCGGUAUCACAUACUCCAACUCCACAGAUUUUUCCAAGAAGUUCUUUUACUCUUUCUGGUGGGGUCUGCGAAAUCUAAGUUCUCUUGGUCAGAAUUUGGAAACGAGUACCUAUGAGUGGGAAAACUGCUUCGCAAUUGUUAUAUCUCUCAUUGGUUUGCUACUAUUUUUGUAUCUUAUUGGAAAUGUACAGACAUAUAUGCAGUUGGCAACUACGAAAUCGGAGCAGGUAAGACAGGAGAUGAUAUCGAAAGAGCAAGAGAUACAAUGGUGGAUGUCAAGAAAUCAUCUCCCUAACGAUAUGAAGACUGUGAUCAUCGAAAACGUACGACAGAAAUUGGAAGAAAACAAAGAUGUUCAUGUGGAGAAUCUACUCUCUAUUCUUCCCCGGAAGGACAGAAGAUCCAUAAAGCGCCUUCUCUGCAUUGAUGCACUUAAGAAAGUACCAAUGCUUCGAUAUAUGGAUGAAAGCGUGUUAAAACUGAUCUGCGACAAUCUGAAACCAGUAAUCUACACAGAGAACAGCUAUGUAAUUCGAGCAGGAGAACCACUUGAUAUGAUGCUGUUCAACAAUGAAGGCAUUAUAUGGACUUACACCACUGAUGGUUCAAUAAAAUUAGGUUCCUCAAUCACAAAGUGUCUAAGCAAAGGUGAUUUCUAUGGAGAAGAACUUCUGAGUUGGGCUUCCUCAUACAUGUCCUUCUCCGACCUUCCUAUCUCGACCCAGAAUGUGAAAUGCCAUACGAAAGUUGAAGCCUUUUCUCUCAUGGCAAAGGACUUGAAGGCUGUGGUCUCCAAAUUUUGGUGGCAUUUCUGCAAGGCGCUUCCCGAUUUGAACAAAAACAAUGCUCAGCUGGAGGAGCUGGCUCUUUCUUCCCUGAGAGCCCGUCGCCGCAAUCGACCAAAGAAGCAUAUAAAAACGAACUCCUGUCCUCGACUGACUAUUGACAAGGGGGGUGAAAACUCCCUAAAACUUGGGUACCAGCGGCUAUACCCUGUUGUAUUUCCAAGAUCAGAUUCUAGUUAGUACCAUAGUUACCUUAAUUUGUAGGGGUGAAAAAUCCCUAGAACUUGUAGUUCCCUUUUACUUUCUGUAGCAGUUGUGUUUUCGUAUCGCUUGGAGAAAAACAAAACAUAUCAAAAAGAGGAAAAGUAAUAACAAAUCAAAAUCGAAAUCCAACGGAAACAUGUUCACAUAUUUCAGAUCCAUAAUUAUUUGAUUUCUGAGCAAAUUACUCAUAAGAUCCAAUAACGUCACAGGGCUAAACAUAUAGAAACAGGCCACUCAAGAGACAUAAGCUCACAGUAAAACGUAAACCCCACCGAUGCCGCAAAAGGAGGAGCCGUUUCGUCUGGCUGG